AUAUCGGCAUGGAUGCGCCAUCUUGUGAAAAGCUGUCAGUAAAGUGAAUUUGUUUUUAUUUGUUAUUAUUCAAUUUUGGAGACUCUUUAGUUUGUUAAAUCAGUUUAAUUAUGAGUUCAUUUCUUGAAAACGAAGCUGAAGAGUCAGAUAAUGAUUAUGAUUCGGAUGAAGUUGCACGACAUCCUCGUAAAAAGCGUGCCAAGCCAACCCAAGAUUCCGAAGAGGAAGAGGAAGAAGAUGACGAGGAAGCCCUUAGAAAUGAAAUGAAAGACUUGAUCAAUGACGAAGAAGAAGAAGAAGAGGGUGAAUCAGAUGAUGACGACGAUGAGGAAGGGGGCAAAAAAAGAAGCAGAGAUGAAGAAGAAUCGGAGGAAGAUCUCGAUGAUGAUGAUUUGGAUCUGCUUGAGGAAAAUUUGGGUGUAAAAUUAUCACGAAAGAAGAAAUUCAAACGUGUUCGUCGUCUGAUUGAUGAAGAAUCUGAUGAUGAAGGUGAAAAGGAUGAAAGAGAAGCCAUCGCUAAUGAGCUAUUUGAUGACGAAGACGGUGAACAAAGGCCUAAGAAUGAUCGCCGACGCCGAGGUGAUGAAGAAGAAGAUGAUCGUUACAGGGCUUUAUCUGGCUCGGAAGAAUCCGAUGAUGAAGGUAAUUUCAUUGUCGAUGACAAUGAUGAACCAAUCUCGCGACCAAGAAAAAAGAAAGGUUACCGAUACAAUGAUGAAGCCAUGCAGCAAGCUCAAGAUGUUUUUGGAGUUGAAUUUGAUUUCGAUGAUUUCCAAAAUUAUGGUGUUGAAGACGAGUACGAAGACGAACAAGAUGACGAAUAUGAAGAAGAAGAGGAAGACGACGGAGAAGGAGGAGCUCGAAUCAGAAAGAAAAGUAAAGCAAAGAAAAAAUCCUCGCGUAAAUCAAUUUUUGAAGUCUACGAGCCAGCUGAGCUUGAAAAAAGUUUCCUUCAGGAGCAGGAUAAAAAAAUUACCACAGCUGAUUUACCUGAAAGAUUCCAACUACGAAGUACCCCUGUUACUCCAGCUGAUGAUGGAGAAAUAGAUGAAGAAGCUGACUGGAUCUAUUCAAAUGCGUUCUCACAGCCUACAAUUACUAUACAAAUUCAAGAUGCAGCUCAGCAAGCUGGUCGAUCGCUAGAAAGAGGACCACUUGCAGGUAAAAAGCCUCCAACAGCUGUACCAAAGAUUAGAGAAACUCUCAAAUUCAUCAGAAAUCAAAGCCGUGAGGUUCCAUUCAUCCAAUUUUAUAGAAAAGAAUACGUUCGACCAGAAUUAGAGAUUGAUGAUUUAUGGACAAUCUAUAAAUGGGAUGAAAAGUGGUGUCAACUUUUACAGCGAAAAGCUAAUAUGAAAAAAUUAGUACUGGAUAUGCAAAGGUAUCAAGGAGAUUUAAUUAUCGCUGAUCCUGAUGCUCCUUUACCAGAAGGUGCUAGAAUUAUUGGUGACGCUGACAUUGAACGUAUUGAUAGAGUGAAUAGCUUCGACGAGCUCAGGGACUGUUGGGUCCAAUUUCAACUUUACUAUGGAUCUCUGUUUCCAGCUAUGAAACAAGCUAAAGCUGAAGCAGAAAGAAAAAGGCGACUUGAAUCUAGACUUGAAGGCGGUGAAGAGGGUGAUCAAGUGCAUGAAGAAGAGGAUGUAAUUAAAGAUAAGAUGUCAUCUCUCAAGUUGAUUCAAAGAAAAGACUUUUACACUGUUUGUCAAGAAGCAGGAAUUUUAGGACUGGCCACAAGGUUUGGUUUAACUCCAGAACAGUUUGGUGAAAAUCUUCGUGAUGCUUAUCAAAAAUAUGAAGUUGAGCAGAUACCUAUAGAACCUGAAGAGUUUGCUAAUGAUUAUAUCUGUACAAGAUUUCCUGAUGUGGAAGCAGUUCUUAAAGCAGCUAAAUACAUGGUAGCUCGACAGUUAGCUUCUGAUCCUAUUGUUCGUAAAGUUACUCGUCAAGUUUUCUUUGAAAGAGCUGUUAUUCAUGUCAAACCUACCAAGAAGGGAAUGAAAGAAAUUGAUGAGAGCCAUCCCUGUUUUACCUACAAAUAUUUACGUAAUAAGCCUGUUUCUGAAUUUUCCAACGAACAAUUUUUACAUCUGGUAAUCGCUAAACAAGAGGGCAACGUAACUGUAAAAAUAACUAUGGAUAAAGCAAAUGUUAAAGGAAAAGACCCAAAUCCAACUUAUUUCGAUGAGAUUAAAGCUCUUUAUCAACGGGACGAAUUCAGCAGCAAUGUACAAAAAUGGAACAAACUUAGACUCGAAGCACUUGAAACUGCACUAGAUAAAUUUCUCUACCCGUCGUUUGAAGUCGAGCUUAUCGCUAAGCUAACCAAAGAAUCUCAAGAGGGAGUUAUAAAGAGAGCUUCUAAAAAGCUUUAUGAUUGGCUAAAAAUUGGACCUUAUGUCCCAAAUCCAGAAGUAACUGAAGAUGAAGAUUUUGACAUUCGUGAAGGUUUACGAGUUCUCGGAUUUGCCUAUGCUCCUCAAGAUGAAAGUCCUAGUUUUGCUGUUCUAGUGGAUGGUGAUGGAGAAGUAGUCGAACAUCUUAGGCUUCCUAAUUUCAUGUUGAGAAGAACAGUGUAUGCAACCGAAAAAGAAAAAGACCUUCGAGAAAAAGAUAAAGAAAGGUUGAAAAAUUUUAUUCUCGACAAAAAACCGCAUGUUAUUUGUGUUGGUUCAAAAGAUUUGACAGCCAGAUAUCUUAUUGAUGAAAUAAUGACAAUGGCUCAAGAAUUACACGACGAAGAAAAUAUUCCGGUUAUUCCUGUAACCCUGCUCGAUGAUGAACUUUCAACUGUAUAUAUGAACUCUAAACGUGCCAUGGCUGAAUUUCACGAUUUUCCACCAGUCCUUCGUCAAGCUGUUUCCCUAGCCAGAAGACUCCAGGAUCCGCUUAUUGAAUUCUCACAACUCUGUACUGCUGAUGAAGAAAUUCUUUGUAUGAAGUAUCAUUCACUUCAAGACCAUGUUCCUAAAGAUGAAUUACUUUCAAGUUUACAGCAAGAAUUCAUUUACAGAGUGAAUGAAGUUGGAGUUGAUAUCAACCGAAUUCUAGUUCAUAAUUAUACAUCUCAAUUACUACAAUUUGUUUGUGGACUCGGUCCGAGAAAAGCAGCCGCUUUAGUAAGGAACUUGAAAAAAUCACCAACUCCACUUUUAGAAACAAGAACUCAAUUAAUGGUGAAUUGUGGGAUCGGUGAAGUUGUUUUCCAAAACUGCGCUGGAUUUAUUAAGCUUGAUACCGCUCAACUCAGUGAUACUGGAACUGAAACAUACAUUGAAGUUUUGGAUAGUACAAGGAUUCAUCCAGAAGCUUACGAUCUGGCUAGAAAGAUGGCUAUUGAUGCUUUAGAAUACGAUGAAACCAAUGAACUUCCAUCUGCUGGUGCUUUAGAAGAAAUUAUGGAAAAUCCAGAAAACCUGAAAGAUCUUGACUUAGAUGCAUUCGCUGAGCAAUUAGCAAAGGAAGGAUGUGGUAACAAAAAAAUUACAUUGUACGAUAUUAGAGAGGAAUUGAAUCAUCCAUACAAAGAUUUAAGACAAACUUAUAAGUUAACCGCUGAAGAUUCAUUCCAUCUUUUAACCAAAGAGUCUCCUGAAACUUUUUAUGUUGGUAAGCUAAUUAUUGGAACAGUUAUCAAUGUAUAUCGUCGUAAGCCUUUACAAGGUUCAACUGAUGAAAACAAUCCAGUUCGUAACGAUGAAACUGGUCUCUGGAUGUGUCCAGUUUGUAAAAAGAAUGAUUUUGAUGAAUUGAAUGAAGUAUGGAAUCAUUAUGAUGCUGAACUUUGUCCGGGUCAAGCAAUGGGAGUGAGAGUAAGAUUAGAUAAUGGUUUAGUUGGCCUGGUGCCGAUUGAAAAAAUUAGUGACCAUGAAGUAAUCAACCCAGAUGAGCGUGUUAAACCGGGAAUGACGGUUCAUGCUCGAAUAACCAAAGUUGUCGCUGAUAAGUACUUCCUUGAGAUGACUUGCCGGACAUCAGAUCUUAAUGAUAGGUCUUAUCAUUGGCGUCCUCCCAAAGACUUUUAUUAUGAUUUUGAUGCUGAAGAUGAAGAUUUCAAAGAAGAGGAAGAUAAAAAGAAGAAAAAGGCUGGAAAGCAGAAUAUUUAUAAGCGAAUCAUUGUUCAUCCCUCUUUCCAUAACAUCGAUUUCAAACAGAGUGAACAAAUGUUAGAAUCAAUGCAUCAAGGAGAAGCAAUAUUCAGACCUAGUUCUAAAGGCCCAGAUCACUUGACACUUACUUGGAAAGUUGCUGAUGGUAUCUAUCAACAUAUAGCAAUUUUAGAAAAAAACAAGGACAAUGCUUUUAGUCUUGGUCAUCAAUUAAUUAUCGAUGGAGAAAUUUAUGAAGAUCUUGAUGAAAUUAUGGCCAGGUAUAUUACACCAAUGGCUAGUUUCGCUAGAGAAAUAACAUCAUUCCGACAUUUUAAAGGAAGUGUAAUGGGAAAUAAAAGGGAGGCGGAAAAAAUCCUCCUCGAAGAAAAGAAAAAAAGAAACACCAUUGUUUAUAUAAUUUCUGCCAGUAAAGAUUUUCCCGGAAAGUUUCUUCUUUCUUAUCCAAACAAAGAAGGAAAGGUAAUUCACGAGUGGCUCUCGAUUAAACCCAUAGGAUUUAAGUAUAGAGAGGAAUAUUUUAGACGAUUAAAAGAUGUGAUUAAAAGGUUUCAAGAAAAUUGGUUUACUGGUAAAUCUCUGGCAACUCCUCUUUUAAGUGCUCCAUCUCAAAUGUCACACCAACAAUUAACAUCACCUGCCCCAGGAUUAAGAUUCCCAACACCACAGGGUACUCCGGUGAUGGCUUCACCUUUCCAUGUACCUUCAAGUGCUGCGGCAGCUGCAGCUGCUUGGAAUAGAGCAUCAACAAGUAUGCCACCUCCUCGACGAACUCCAACUCAGCAACGAACACCCAGUUCAAUGCCUCCACCGCCUGAUCCUUGGGUUAAACUUGUUCAACCCGGUACUCCAUCACAUGCUACUCCUGGAGCUUCGUCCCAAAUGUCGAUCAGUCCAUCAUAUUCACCUGCAAAUAAAGGUGAUGCUACACCACUUUUGGAUGAAUGGGCUUGAAUAAUUAGAUGAAUAUGAUUUUGUCUAAAUUUAAUCAUUGCCUUUCUCCUUGAUAUUGACAUAAUAAUUUAAAUUCAAAAUUUACGAUCAUUCAAAAUAUUUCAAAUCUAAUUAUAACUUCAUCGCCUCAAUCAUUGAAUCAUCCCAAAAAUACCAUAAAUAAAAUAUUAUUUCACGGCA